AUGAGUUCCUCCGACGACAUCGCCGGUGGAAAGAAGACUUCGUGGCCGGAGGUGGUCGGGCUGACCAUCAAGGAGGCCAAGGAGAUCAUCCUCAAGGACAAGCCCGACGCCGACAUCGUCGUGGUGCCGGUCGGCUCCGCCGUGACCGAGGACUUGAGGCCCAACCGUGUCCGCAUCUUCGUGGGCACCGUCGCCGAGACCCCCCACGUUGGAUAG